GUCACCCAUCUAAAGCGAUAAUUUCCCGCCUCAAAUUUGCUUUUUUUAUUUUCACUAUUUCACUGCUCUGAGCACAGUCGGUGAAGCUUGGUAACAUGAAACCCUUUGUCGAACUUAAUUUUUUGUUAGUUGCCGUACACUUGAUCAAUGGCCUGUCUCUACGAAAAGAACCAGUGGCUUUUAAACCAAAAGUUCUUCAGUAUGCCAAUGUUGACUGUGAUCCAUCAUCUAUACCAGUCAUGGAUGCAUUUGACAUUAAGAAAUUUUCUGGCGACUGGUAUGAAUUAGCAAAAUCAGCAUCUGGAUACAUUGACGUUGAUGAUGGAAUGUGGAAAAUAUCAAGUUCAAACGUAUCAACUCAGUUUCUCUUCAGCGGCAGAGACAAUAAUAAGCACUGUAUCCGGCCAAUCCGAGGGAAAAUAUUUCCAGCAAAAUCACCUCCAGGAAUGCUUAAUUUGAGAUAUCAGACAUAUACUACACACGUUGAUGAAACCAUUCGUGUACUUUUCACCGAUUACGAGAGUAUAGCAGUCAUUUAUACCUGCAUGCACCAUGUUCAUUAUGAGAAAGAAGUAUGCCAUGCAGCAGGCCUUUUGGGGGCCAUAUGGACAAGGAAACCCCAUGUAGACGUAGAAGUGUACAACAGAGCAGUGAAAUAUCUUGAAAUGGCCUGUGUGCAAAAAUCAACACUCACAGUCAGGAACCUUGUAGGUCCUUGCGUUGUGGACGAUUUGGGAUUCAGAAUAGAUGACUUUCCAGUUCCUGAUAUCUGCUACCAGCCCAUGGAUUUAGGCUCCUGCCGUGGAAGUUUGCAAAGAUAUUACUACGAUCCAAAAGAAAAAACUUGCAAAAUCUUUAUGUUCGGAGGAUGCGGUGGCAAUUUAAAUAAUUUCAUGUCAUUACGCGAAUGUCAAGAGAGAUGCCUCAGUGCUGCCACAAAGGAGCCAGUAUGUCUAUCUGAUGCGAAAUGUGGAAUCCACUGUUCUCCUUGUUGUACCGAAGAUAGGAUUGGUUGUGUAGAAUGCAAUUGUGAACAUAUCGUUGUAGGUAAGAUAAUAAAAAUAUUAUCAUCGAAACUAGAAUUACUACGUCUACAUUUCUUAUAUCGCUCCCGCAGUUUACAAAUUAUUUUAUUAAAAUUUGUU